AUGACUGCCAACAGCUCUGUGAUCGGCCUGGCACCGACCUCGGAGAAGACGCUGGCGCGGGGCUUCCCAGCGCCGUGGCUCGGUGAGUCGCUGCGAAACUUUUUUCUCGGCGGUGUGGCCGGUGCUGUGGGCGCCUAUUUCACAUAUCCCAUCAACUUUGUGAAGAUGCAGUUACAGUACCAGAAGAGGACUGUGGGAGCCCGUGGAUCCCCUGGCGUCGGCAGCACGUCGUAUACGGGAGCAUGGGACUGCGUCCGAAAAGUUGUUCAUUCGCGCGGAGUACAGGGGCUUUUCCAAGGAGUCGUGCCGCAGAUUCUCGGCGUCGCGCCCGAGAAAGCCAUUAAACUUGCUGUAAAUGACGCGAUUCGGGCAUCGCUGUCGCCGCUGGUACGCGAUAUAGAACACAGAACCGCGCUGGCAGAAGCUCGUCCUGGCCUCUCGCCAAGCACAGCGCAGUUACUAGUAGACGUAUGCGCCGGUGCAUGCGGAGGCGCCUCCCAAGUUAUUUUCACGAAUGUUGGCGAAAUUUUGAUGGUGCGACUGGCCCUCCAGCGCGAAAUCGCUUCCUCAAUGGGUGCUACCUCGGUGCAACCGAAAGGCCUAUUGGAUGUCGUUCGUGAGCUGGGUAUUCGCGGCCUCUACACCGGCAGUGUGCCGUGCCUUGCUCGAGAUAGCAUCUUUGCGGCGAUAUUUUUUCCAUUAUACUAUAGAUUGAGGGAUCGAUUACCAGCUGGUCUUACGCGCUCGUCCGAUGGGCAUUCGAAGAAUCCGUCCGGACAGGGCGCUGAUCUGGGUUCGCUCGAGUCGAAAGCAGCAUCAGAGCUCGAGCGGGCAGCUGCUGUGCCGUCGAAGGAUGCAGGUCCCUUGCCAGGGAGUAGCCUUCAUCUGCAGAACAGUUUGUUGGCUGGAAUCAUUGCCGGAUCUAUCGCUGCUGGUGUUACAACUCCAUUUGACGUGGUCAAGACGACGAUGCAAGCGCAUCGGGGCACACAGUCUCAGGUUUACCGGGGCAUGUGGGACUGUGUGCGACAUAUUUACGCAGAAGAAGGUGGCACGGCAUUUUGGAAGGGAUUUGGCCCCCGUAUGGCGAGAUCAGCUCCGCAGUUUGGUAUUACACUUUUGGCCUAUGAAUUACUGCAGCUGUGGUGGUACCGAUUCCUCGAAUCCGGCGGAACUGCUCCACCAGAUGCCCAAGUUAUUGAUCUGGGCGAGUGGGCUGCAGAUAGCUCAUAA